AUGGCUUCCUCGGACGCAAAGACGUCCGGCGACGAAAAGGCCGUCUCCAUCAGUUCACCCACGCCCGAGAUAGAGCCUCCCACGUCGGGAAAUCUGCACGUUGUAGCUCGCAGUGAUGAGCAGCCACAGUUCAACGAUUCCCAGGACCGCAUCGUCGGUUUUGAUGCAUCCCUUAUGGGGGCACGAGCGACGCUGAGCAGCGACGAAGAAAAGAAGCUCCUUCGGCGUAUGGAUUGGCAUCUCAUUCCGCUCCUAUCUGUGAUGUAUAUGGUCAAGACUAUUGACUUUACCAAUGUUUCGAACGCACGUGUCAUGGACCGAGGAACACCUCACAACAUUUUGAACGAACUCAACAUGAGCUCGGAUGCCUUCAACUUUGUCACGACCGCCUACUAUGUCCCGUACAUUCUUGCCGAAACCCCGUCCAAUCUCUUGAUCAAGUACUAUAAACCUUCAGUCUGGCAAGCGCGAAUCAUGAUAUCCUGGGGCAUAAUUCUGCUUUGCCAUGCCGCCGUCACCAAUGCUGGCGGUCUGUAUGCCGUCCGGGCUUUACUUGGUCUCUUUGAGGCAGGCCUCUGGCCUGGAACCCUCCUACAGCUCUGCUAUUGGUACCGGCCAGAUGAACUGGCCCCGAGAAUUGUCUGGGUUACGAUCCUCGGGAACUUUAGUUCCGUGAUCAGCGGGGUCCUCGCGUUUGCUUUUAACGGCGUCACCACCGGAGGGGUCUCUGGCUGGAAAUGGCUUAUCAUUACUGAGGGCAUUUUUACCGUCUUUCUUGGGGCGUUUGUCUUCUUCUUCUUGCCUGACUUCCCGGACGAUGCUAAAUGGAUGAUGGACAGAGAGAAGGCCUUUGUUCAAGCCCGGCUCCCCAUCAACUCGCCACGAAACGCAGAGAUGGACUUCAACUGGCGAGAAUUCAUCGACACCUUGAAAGACAAGAAGCUGUGGCUGUUUCUCCUGUGCUGGGCAUUCUACACCAUCGGAGUCACAGGGCUUCUCUUUUACCAGCCCACCGUCAUUGCUAACCUUGGGUUCACGACACUCGCUCAGUCUCAACUCCUCAACAUCCCGCCCGCGAUUUUUGCUUGCCUGUUGACAGUUGUCUUUGGGGUCUUUGCAGACACGGGUCGCAUUCCGCAACCGUCGAUUCCGCUGUUUUUCAUGGUGGUCAUCCUGGCUUGCUACGUCGUCGAGUACACCUACCCAAGCACGGGCGGUGUGUAUGCGGCUACGGUGAUUGCGAGCGGUUUUGCUACAGCAUGGUCGACAAUGAUGUGGCCUUGGCGCGUUCAAUCGACCGAGGGCGCAACUGGGUCGGCAUUCGCAAUCGCCUUUGCCAACAGCUACGGCCAGAUCGGAGGCGCGGUCGGCGCGCAGCUCUUCAACUCGAAAUACGCCCCCCGAUACGCGACUUCAUUCGGCAUUGCCAUGGGCUUCAUUGGGAUGGCCAUCGUGAUGAACCUCAUUACGUGGUACGUCACGCGGCAGGUCGACAUUGACACGCGAAAGAUCAAGCGAGCCAGGAUCGCGGCUCUGAAGAACAACCAAGCUAUUUUGGACGACGUUGAUAUCCAUGCCGGCGAGAAGGGCGGCCGCCAGGCUGACGCCCGUUGA